AGUUACUUAAUGGAAAUAGACAGGGUUGCGGCAACGGAUUAUUUACCAACGGAACAAGAUAUUCUUCGCGUGCGCGUCCCCACAACGGGAAUCAUCGAGUAUCCAUUCGAUUUGGAUGAGAUCCGGUUUAGUUAUCUCUCCGACCUCGAACGGAUACAGGAGGAAAGUUAUCUACCGACAGAACAGGAUAUUUUAAGAGCUAGGGCCCCAACUACAGGCAUUCUUGAGUAUCCGUUCGAUCUCGACUCCAUUAUAUUUAGAAUGGUAGAUGUGGGGGGCCAACGUUCAGAAAGAAGAAAAUGGAUCCAUUGUUUCGAAAACGUCACCUCAAUCAUCUUUUUGGUAGCUCUAAGCGAGUACGACCAAAUUCUCUUUGAAUCUGAAAAUGAGAAUCGUAUGGAAGAAUCAAAGGCUCUUUUUAAGACCAUCAUCACCUAUCCGUGGUUCACGCAAUCAUCGGUCAUCCUAUUUUUAAACAAGAAAGAUCUGCUCGAAGAAAAAAUAAUGUAUUCCCAUUUAGUAGAUUAUUUUCCGGAGUACGACGGUGCCCAGCGAGACGCAAUUACAGCUAGAGAAUUCAUAUUGAGGAUGUUUGUAGACCUAAAUCCGGACAGUGAAAAAAUUAUUUACUCCCACUUUACGUGCGCUACAGAUACUGAAAAUAUUAAGUUAGUGUUUUGUGCUGUGAAAGAUACAAUUAUGCAAACUGCUUUGAAAGAGUUUAAUUUAGCUUAAAGUGAUGAAAUUAAUAAUAAAAAUGAUGUGGUUCAACUUUGUUUUUGUUAUGGUUUUUGCAUGAUCAUGCAGCAAUAUAAUAUUGUUUUCUUAUUAAUGCAUGUUUUAAAUAAAAUUAUUACGUUUGUGUA